AACAAAGAUGGUGGGCCCAGUGUGUGCAUCGGGUGUGUGUCUCCGCUGAGGCGCGUUGACGUCCGUGACGAACGUCGUACGGCUUGGACGGCGGGCAGCAGCAACAACAGCAGCAGCAGCAGCAGCAGACGCGACCAGUGAGCGAACGAGUGAGUGUGCGACUGCGAUCACGCAAUUGUGUGCCGCACGUCUGCGUGCGUGCUUGCAAGUGAGCGAGCGAGCGAGUGUACGAGCGUACGUCUGUCCGUCCGUCCGCUCGCCCGCGAAUAAGUGCGUGCCUGCUCGCCUGCCUCUGCGUGAGCGCGGGGCCUGGCCGCCGCGUUUCCGACUCGAGUGCGACGAAAUAUGUCAGAGGCUCCGGAAGCAUGAGCGAGGGAGCGGACUCGGUUGCGCAAACCUGCGGGGAUUCGCUCACGACCUUGACAGACGAAGGCGAGCGGGAUGCAGCGACGACCGCGACGGCGACGCAGCCGUCGCAGCUGCAGCAGACGCCACCGCCAUCGACAAGGGCAACGUACACCGGUAGGAGGCCGCGCUGUGGCACCGGUGGUCCACCGCCAUCGCCCUAUAUGUGGAUCGACGGCCGGCAGUUGCGAAGCGCCCUGGUCUGGGUCAAGAAACCGUCCGAAGUUAGCGAUCCGCCCCGACGAGUCAACUUUCCUUUGAGCGACAAUCAUCUGGUGACGGGCUACUUGGAGCCUGCCAAUCCUUGGCGACACGCUGAAAAUGUGAGUCGCAAGGAUUUAAUAUUCGCAUACAAGGAGUCCUGUGCGCGUCACAACACUGAACCCUUGCAAAAUGUUUUAGCACAGCUCGAGAAUCUGGAUAUAUCUCACGAUCGUUCUGAGGAGCUGAGCUUGGAGGGAGAAACUUUGGACCAGAAUCAUUGUGAGCCAUUGGAGGAGAUACUGAAGAGAGUACAAUUUAACAGAAUUAAUUUAGAAGGGACAUCUUUAAGCGAGGAGAGCUCUAUAAUAUUAUUUGAUAUGCUGGAAUACUAUGAAUCCACAAAACACUUAAAUAUCUCGUCUAAUCCAAAUAUUGGGCCACGCGGCUGGCAAGCGUGUUCGCACAUGAUUAAGAAGACUCAGUGUUUAGAGCAGCUCGAAGCGAGGGAUGUAACGCUUAACGAACAAUACAUGAACAUUUUGAACCGUGCAUUGCGAUUAGUCUGUCAUCUGCAUGUCCUUAAAUUGGAAAAUUGUGGACUGUCGGGGAGAGCAAUCGUCAUUCUUGUUACAGCUCUAAAAAUGAAUAGCGGUAUACGGGAACUAUAUUUAGCCGAUAACGGGCUUGACUUAUACGACGCUAUACAACUUGGAUCUCUCUUAAGGAUGAACAAUCAUUUACAACUGCUCGAUAUCAGUAAUAAUAACGUCCAGGACGACGGUGUACGGGAUAUAUUGGAGGGCCUGAUUAAUCAAGUGAAUGAGGACAAAACUGGCAAGGGACUUAGUAUCUUGAUACUUUGGAAUAAUCGUCUAACCAAAAAAUCGUCACCUUACUUUUCAAGAAUUAUAGCAUUAUCGAAAACAUUGGAGACUCUGAAUAUUGGUCAAAACAUGCUGACGGACGAGGUAUUGAGCAUCGUUCACGAAUCGCUGAAGAAUAACCGUGUCCUGCUGCAAUUGGGCAUGCAAUCAACGGAACUCACGUGCGACGGAAUAGUCACGCUCGCUGAAAUAAUGGAGACGAAUCAGGUUUUGCAGAGGAUAGAUUUACGGGACAACAGCAUACAGAUGCGUGGGAUACAAGCUCUGGUAAAUGUGAUGAAAAGGAACAAGAGCAUUACGCAGAUCGAUCUGGAUGAUAAACCACGGAUAAGAAUAGAUGGCCCAUUGCACCAGUAUACAGAGCUGAUCACGGAGAUACGCAGCUGUUGCAGUCAGAACAAGGAGUGCCGCUUGCUGGAAGCAUCCACCGAGGAUGCUGAGAGCCCGCAGCACCCGAGCCGGCUGCUGAACGCGAGCUCCCGUAAGAUCUCGCUUACCUGUCAGACACUGCCAUGUCCAUCACGACCGGCGGCGUCGUUGGUCGCCGCCGAUGAAACAGCGGCACGCAGUAUGCUGGAGCCGAAGCGCACCAGCGGAGGUCGCCUGCGUUCCCCGGCUCCCAGUCCUAUUCCCUCCCCCGUGGCCAGUCCGAUUCCCAGCCCGUCCCGUAAUCGCUUCGUCGUGUGUCGGGUACCAGAGGCGUCGCUGCGCUCUACCGACUCCUCGGCGUCCUCCUCACCGGUCACCCCACCGUCGCUCGGUUCCUCUCCCACAUGUUUAUUCACCGGCGGGAGCUCCGGACCGUCGCGGUUUCGCGUGUCGGUAGUCGAGUCGGUGAGUGCCGGUCACUCGUCGCCCAGGUCAGUCAUCACCUCUCCCAGCGGCAACGUCACGAUCGGCUUUAACUUUAAGGUGUCGGGCGACUCCGGCGAUGCCGGCAGCGCGACCAAAAGUGGCGUGGCGACGCAGAACGUCGAUAACAACGCGACCGUGUCGGGUAUGCUUAAUAACGUAGUCUCGGUGGUGAGAGAGACGUCCUCGUCUUGUGAGAGCGUUGCCAAGAUUGAGGACCAUCGCGAUAUAAAGAAGACCGAUAUAGCGGUCGAAUCGCACGAACGCGACGUUGAAACGCGAUCCAAAACGGACAAGAAUGUUGUCGUGCCGUGCGAACAUAGACCCGACGAUGGGGUGAUAAAGAUUCAAGAAGAAGCGCGAUUAACGCGGGAUGAAGUUGAGAUGGAGUCCAGAAGAAGCGAAGAUGUCGCUGCGACACGCGAAGAUUCUCACAACGAGACGGCGAGUCGGGGCAACGUUGGAAUGGAUCUCAAAAGCGUCACGACAGUCUGCGGGGAUACCGAGACUACCGGAGACUGUCGUGCCGUGUAUACGAGUACAAAAGAGCUACAGGUACCUGCAUAUCCGAGCGAAGAUACUGCUUCGGCUAGGAUUAGCGUAGACGAGGAUAGUAGAGCCUUGAGUAGCGCGACAAAAACGUCCCUGGAUGAUACCGCGACGGAAUCGCUCGCGAAGCCGGCUUCGGAAGUGUUCUCCGGCGAGGUUUCGGAAUCUUCCAUGAAUAUGAGUUUGGGGACGAUUCGCACGACCAACUCGCAACCGCAGGAACGGGCGAGCACGUCGGUGCAAAAACACAAAUCCAGUUUGGAGAAGCUCCUGUCAUUGUUUCAAAAUCCCAGCAGCCUCUUCUCAGACUCGUCGAGCGCUGCUGUGGACACGAGAACCUCCCUGCAGGAGAAUAUGAGUGGUGUGAUGGCGUUGGGCGACAAAUUGCAGCAGUACCUGAAAGAAGGCCGAGCCAAAGUUAGUACAGAUAGCUCGUCGUGGUCCUCGGAGCACGGGUCUCCGUCGCGGAAUAGAUCGAUAAGAUUAAAUGUAUCGCAGCUGCAGAGCUUGACCGGCAUAUUCACGUCUUUUAAGCUCGAUCCUCACGCGAGUCUCGUCGAGCACAGCGCGAGGUUUUUCGGUCAAGCGAAGAAUCAGGCCGCGAAUGUUAAUGAGAGGGAUCCGCAGAGAGCGGCGGAAGUCGAGGUCGUGGGAAACGACGAGAAGAAUUUUAUUAGUCAGAAGAAAGGUCAGGUUGUCAAAAAUGACGAGAGAAAUUUCGUCGCGCAAGAGAAUAAUCCAAUUAUGAGAAACGACGAGGAAAAUUGUGCCUGUUGUGAGCAAAAUCUGCGAACGAUCAAUAACGAGAAAGAUUUUAUAGAUAAUAUGGAGAAGAAUCAGGUUGCGAAGGAAGACGAGGAGAAGGAGGACUUGUUUAGUCGGGACGAGAAUCGAGUUACGAGAAACGAUGAAAGCAAUUCGGUUGAUAAGGAGAAGAAUCAGAUUACGAGGAAUGCCGAGAGUAAUUUAUUCGAUCAGGAACAGAAUCAGAUUACGAGAGACAACAGGGAAGAUUUAUUUGGUCAGAGGAAGAGUCAAGUUGCACGGGACGAUGAGCAGAAGUCACUCGAUCGAAUUACGAGAAACGACAAGGAGAAUGUGGUAAAUCGGGAGAAGAACCAAGUCUCAAAUGACGAGAAUAAUUUAUUCGAGCAGUUGAAAGAUCAGGUUUCACGGAGCAACGAGAAGGAUUCGAAAGAGCCGGAGGAAACACAGGUUGUUGGCAACAUGAAAGAAGACUUCCAAGAGCAAGAUAAGGAUCAGGUUAUUACGAACAAUGAAGACGAGCGCGAAGAAGUGACUCCGAGCAACAGUGAGGAACUGGAAGUUCGGGAAAGGGACGAGGUUGUAAGCAGCGAUGGCCAAGAUUUCGCAGAUCCGCCAGACGGUCGAGUGAUCGUUGAAGAGAACUCGUGCAGCGUGUGUGAAUUACAACGGAUCGCAGCACCUGAUGACCGAUCGUUACCUGAAAGUGUGCAAUCAAAGGAAGAUGUUGCCGAUAAGGAUCUAGUAUUAAAAAGCGGGUGCGUCGCGACGUCAAACGCGACGACAUCGUCGUCGCCGACGUCGUCAUCGUCAUCAUCAUCGUCAUCAUCAUCGUCAUCGUUAUCGUUAUCGUCGCCGGCGUCGACGAACAAAUUCACCGCGUGCGUAGCUGUAAAGUUAACGGACAUACCUGAAUACUCUGUUUUAGAAUUAAGUCAGGCCGACGACAUGGUGCGUGACGAUGCGAAGUGUUCCGCACGUAGGGACGACGGCGUCGAGGAUGACGAGCAGGAUCCGAAGUGCGCAGAGCGUAACGACGCCGUGGAGCGUUUGGCACGAGUGGAUUCUCGGCAAGUUGUAGAACACGACGGAGGCGAGGUUUUCGGGAGUAACAGCGUGAAGUGCUUAGGAAGUGGCGACGACGUCACGGCUGGAGGAACGUGCGCCGCGACGGAGACGAGGACAUGUGAUACAACCACGACGGACAGUAUUAAUCAGACUAGUGAUAGUAGUUUUCCGAUUUGUAACAUAGCGCGCGAUAGGAAAGUUGUAGAUAGUUUAAGUGUCGCGGGUGCGCCGACGACGAGCGCCGCGGCGAAUGACGUCGACGGGAUGACGUCUGCACCGGGAGACGACGGCGGGACACCGUCGAUAUCUUCGAGGGACGCCGACGUGGGAGAUUUCGACUUAAAUGACCAAGUUACCAGUGACACGCGUCGCGUCGCCGGCGAAAAUCACCGAUGCGAUUUCACGAGAGGAGAAGAGGAGAAAAAAGAGCAGCAGGAACAACAGCAGGAUUCCGCGGAGGUUCUCGACGACGUUUGCCGCGGUUCCGCUCAUUGUAGUAGUACAAGUGUAAAUAUUAAGCUAGAGUCGUGCGAAUCGACAACCACGACGACGAUGACGAGUCCCGUCGCGGUGAGCCGAGACGCGUCAGAGAGGCUCCUCGAGCGACAGUCGUCCAUGCCAAAUAACGUUGACGUACAUCGAAGUAUCCUUAAGGACGCGGCCGAGGCGGAGGAUCCAUCGGAGGACGCCGAGAGACAACGGAACGAUCCAACGAUUCUCGUUACGCCGUACGAGGAGACGUGCGCGAACCUGGACAAGUCGGACGCGGACGAGCUGAUAUUCUGUAUCACCGACAUCUCUACAGACGGCACGUCCGUGGAGGAUGAGCUGUCGCCGAGUGUGCCGUCCAGAUGUUCGCCGAACGACGUCUCCAAGGUGACCGACUCGUACUUCGAGUUGCCAAUGACCACAACGUCAUCGACGGCGACCACGCUGCUGAUCGGGCAUCCCGAAGACGUGCACAGGAACAGCCAGGACUCGGGUAUUGAUGAGGCCGCCAUGACGAUCGAUGACUCCGUCGCGGGAGACGCUCACCCGCUGCCGCCGACGCGCGGCAGUCUCCAGGAGAGUGUGGAUUCCGGGAUCGAGUCAGAAUGCUCGUUAAUAUGCAUCAGGGUGGAGUCCGCUGCUGAGCGGGGGCUAGGGGUUGUCGUGACUUCCAAGAGAUCGCCGCGGGAGGACGGCGGUGUGGGCGACGACGAGGACGACGACGACGACGACGACGGCGGUGACGAUAGCGGCGGUGGCGGCGUUGGCGGCAGCGACGACGGGGAUGUCAACUUCGGCAAGUUUGCGUCGGAUUUCCUCCCAAAGGAAGUGCGACUAGUAGAUAACGAUAGCGUGAGCGGCAUUGCCUGCUCGUACCUCAGCAGCAUCAAGUGCGCGGUCGUCAGCACGGCGCGGCCCGUCGCCGAGAUGGCGAGUAGUGGCGCGCUAGAAGUUGUGGUCGCCGACGAAGGCGUCGCCCGUCCGUCGGCAGCGCCGGUGAUCGCACACUCGCCCGCAACCGUGCACGGCACCAGCCCGAAAUAAUGCAGCGGAGGCGCAAAAGAAGAAUAAGGGCAACAGAGGUAAUGAGAUCGACAACGCGAUCGAGUACGAUGACGAGGAUGACGAAAUCGAUGAAUUCGAAGAAGUCAUGAAGCAGCUCGAGCCAAAGUACCGGCGCUAUGCCA